GCGGCAGCGGAGCCCCCCCGACCCCCGGCGCCGAGCCCACCCUGAGGAAUGAGCGCUUUCCAGGCAGACCUCCUCCUCCUCCUCCUCGCCUGCUUCCUGCUCAGCCACGAACUGGGGCUCCCAGGAAGAGGAUGCUGCCUAGUCCUGGGGUUCAUGUACAAGGAGAAGUACCGCAGGAUGACUGAAGGCCAAGCGUCGUCGUUCACGCAGCAGCCCCAGGACCAGGUGGUGGUCGCUGGGCAGCCCGUGACCCUGCUCUGUGCCAUCCCCGAGUACAAUGGCAUCGUGCUCUGGAUCAAGGACGGGCUGGCCCUCGGAGUCGGACGGGACCUCUCAAGUUACCCGCGCUACCUGGUGGUAGGAGACCAUCUGUCAGGACAGCACCACCUGAAAAUCCUGAGGGCUGAUCUCCAGGAUGACGCCGUGUACGAGUGCCAGGCCAUCCAGGCUGCCAUCCGAUCCCGACCUGCCCGGCUGACCGUCCUGGUUCCUCCAGAUGAUCCUGUCAUUAUGGGGGGGCCCAUCAUCAGCCUGAGAGCAGGAGACCCCCUGAACCUGACCUGCCACGCUGACAAUGCCAAGCCAGCAGCCUCCAUCAUCUGGAUGAGGAGGGGAGAAGUCAUCAAUGGAGCCACCUACUCCAAGACACUUCUCCGUGAUGGCAAGAGGGAGAGCAUCAUGAGCACCCUUUUCAUGGCCCCCUCCGACAUCGAGAACGGGGAGAGCAUCGUGUGCCGCGCCACCAACAAAGCCAUCCCCAGCGGGAAGGAGACCUCGGUCACCAUCGACAUCCAGCACCCACCCCUGGUGAACUUGUCCGUGGAGCCGCAGCCGGUGCUCGAGGACAACACUGUGAAGUUCCACUGCUCUGCCAAGGCCAACCCCGCCGUCACCCAGUACAGGUGGGCGAAAAAAGGCCAGGUUAUAAAGGAAGCCUCUGGUGACUUCUAUGAAACCAUUGUGGACCACACCUUCUUCUUUGAGCCCGUCUCCUGCGAGGUCACCAACGCCCUGGGCAGCACAAACAUCAGCAGGACCGUGGAUGUGUACUUUGGGCCCAGGAUGGCGACAGAACCACAGUCCCUCCUGGUGGACCUGGGCUCGGACGCCGUCUUCAACUGUGCCUGGACUGGGAACCCCUCCCUCACCAUCGUCUGGAUGAAGCGAGGCUCGGGCGUGGUCCUGAGCAAUGAGAACAAGCUGACCCUGAAGUCGGUGCGCCAGGAAGACGCCGGGAAAUACGUGUGCCGGGCCGUGGUGCCGCGGGUGGGCGCGGGCGAGCGGGAGGUGACGCUCACCGUCAACGGGCCCCCCAUCAUCUCCAGCACCCAGACCCAGCACGCCCUGCACGGCCAGAAGGGGCAGAUCAAGUGUUUCAUCCGCAGCACUCCCCCACCAGACCGGAUUGCUUGGUCCUGGAAGGAGAACGUCCUGGAAUCCGGGACCUCCGGGCGCUACACGGUGGAGACGGUCAGCACGGACGAGGGGGUCAUCUCCACACUGACCAUCAGUACGGAAAUGAAAUCAGGAGCUGGUAUUCAAGCAGAGUCGGUGCCCAUGGCGGUGAUCAUCGGCGUGGCCGUGGGGGCCGGCGUGGCGUUCCUGGUGCUGAUGGCCACCAUCGUCGCCUUCUGCUGCGCCCGCUCCCAGAGGAAUCUCAAGGGCGUGGUUUCUGCCAAGAACGAUAUCCGCGUGGAGAUCGUGCACAAGGAGCCGGCCUCGGGCAGGGAGGCGGAGGAGCACCCGACCAUCAAGCAGCUGAUGAUGGACAGGGGGGAGUUCCAGCAGGAUUCGGUGCUGAAGCAGCUCGAGGUGCUCAAAGAGGAGGAGAAGGAGUUUCAAAACCUGAAGGGGCAGCAGAGGGACAGCACCGAUCUCUGUGACAGGACCCGAGGGAAUGGCUGGAACUAG